CAAUUGAAUACACCUCUGAAAAAGUAGAAAAUAAUGAAAAUUGGAGAAAGCAGAAGAGCAUGUGGCAUCGUUUCUGAAGAGCAUGUGGCAUUUGGCUCUUACCAGUUAAAAUUCUCUCAUUUCUCUCCUUCCCUCCGCCGCUCUCUCCUCCAUCUCCGUCACCAAACGCUGGGUGUCUCUCCGCCAAACCAGUUUUUCAGUAUCCAGUAUUUGUUGAUGCCAAAGCAUUUUCAUUGGGUUUGGCGGCUAGGUAUGGGAGGCAGAGGAGUUAUCGGGGAUCGAUGGUCCAUGAGGAUUCUCUGGGCGUGUGCAAUUGGAAGUGCUGUCAGCCUAUAUAUGGUUGCUGUGGACAGACAACUAAAGAACAGGGAACGAGCGCUGGCCGAAGAGUUAAAAGCCAUGGAGGCAGAGUCAGGCACCGGUGAGAUUGUUUGACUGUUGAUAAAUUAUAGGCAAUAACUAGCUUAGAGCUUUCUAGAUUUCCCAAGUUCGCAUCUGUCAUUUUGGCCACUGUGAGGAUUAUGUAAAUUGUUGUCUGUUGUUCCCGUUCGGAAUCAAGUUUUAGGGGUUUACCCCGUUGACAAGAGUAUCACGAUUCUGGUUUUUGGAGGAUAUUGAUGUAGAAGUCGUUGCAGAGACUGUUCUCUGCACAGGAAUAUAUAUUCGAGAAUGACAUUUCUAUUGC